GCAGAGGAAAGGCGCUGCAGUCUCCGGGCCUCGCGGCCCCAGUUGAGCUUCCUCAGCACCGAGGGCUUGCGGGUCCUGAGUGGAGGACACGAGCUCGGAGCCGGGCACUGAGCUCUUGGGCGCCCCCAACCCAGUUUUCAGAACCCUCCACGCUGCGGCCGCUGUCCCCUCCGGACCAUGGCCGACGACGACGUGCUGUUCGAGGAUGUGUACGAGCUGUGCGAGGUGAUCGGCAAGGGUCCCUUCAGUGUUGUACGGCGAUGUAUCAACAGAGAAACUGGGCAACAAUUUGCUGUAAAAAUUGUUGAUGUAGCCAAGUUCACAUCAAGUCCAGGGUUAAGUACAGAAGAUCUAAAGCGGGAAGCCAGUAUCUGUCAUAUGCUGAAGCAUCCACACAUUGUAGAGCUGUUGGAGACAUAUAGCUCAGAUGGGAUGCUUUACAUGGUUUUUGAAUUUAUGGAUGGAGCAGAUCUGUGUUUUGAAAUCGUAAAGCGAGCUGAUGCUGGUUUUGUAUACAGUGAAGCUGUAGCCAGCCACUACAUGAGACAGAUACUGGAAGCUCUGCGCUACUGUCACGAUAAUAACAUAAUUCAUAGGGAUGUGAAGCCCCACUGUGUUCUCCUUGCCUCAAAAGAAAACUCGGCACCUGUUAAGCUUGGGGGCUUUGGGGUAGCCAUUCAGUUAGGAGAAUCUGGACUUGUUGCUGGAGGACGCGUUGGAACACCUCACUUUAUGGCCCCAGAAGUGGUCAAGAGAGAGCCUUACGGAAAGCCUGUGGAUGUCUGGGGCUGUGGAGUGAUCCUUUUCAUCUUGCUCAGCGGCUGCUUGCCUUUCUACGGAACCAAGGAGAGAUUGUUUGAAGGCAUCAUUAAAGGAAAAUACAAGAUGAAUCCAAGGCAGUGGAGCCAUAUCUCUGAAAGUGCCAAAGACCUAGUACGCCGUAUGCUGAUGCUGGACCCUGCUGAAAGGAUCACCGUUUAUGAAGCACUGAAUCACCCGUGGCUUAAGGAGCGGGAUCGUUAUGCCUACAAAAUUCAUCUUCCAGAAACAGUAGAACAACUGAGGAAAUUCAAUGCAAGGAGAAAACUAAAGGGUGCAGUACUAGCUGCUGUGUCAAGUCACAAAUUCAAUUCCUUCUACGGGGACCCUCCUGAAGAGUUGCCAGAUUUCUCCGAAGACCCUACCUCCUCAGGACUUCUAGCAGCAGAAAGAGCCGUCUCUCAGGUGCUGGACAGCCUGGAAGAGAUUCACGCACUUACAGACUGCAGUGAAAAGGACCUAGAUUUUCUACACAGUGUUUUCCAGGAUCAGCAUCUUCACACACUGCUGGAUCUAUAUGACAAAAUUAACACAAAGUCUUCACCACAAAUCAGGAAUCCUCCAAGCGAUGCAGUACAGAGAGCCAAAGAGGUAUUGGAAGAAAUUUCAUGUUACCCUGAGAAUAAUGAUGCGAAGGAGCUAAAGCGUAUCUUAACACAACCUCAUUUCAUGGCCUUACUUCAGACUCACGACGUAGUGGCACAUGAAGUUUACAGUGAUGAAGCAUUAAGGGUCACACCUCCCCCAACUUCCCCCUAUUUAAACGGUGAUUCUCCAGAAAGUGCAAAUGGAGACAUGGACAUGGAGAACGUGACCAGAGUUCGGCUGGUACAGUUCCAAAAGAACACUGAUGAGCCAAUGGGAAUCACUUUGAAAAUGAAUGAGCUAAAUCAUUGUAUUGUCGCAAGAAUCAUGCACGGGGGUAUGAUUCACAGACAAGGUACACUUCAUGUUGGUGAUGAAAUUCGAGAAAUCAACGGCAUCAGUGUCGCUAACCAAACAGUGGAACAGCUACAAAAAAUGCUUAGGGAAAUGCGAGGGAGUAUUACCUUCAAGAUUGUGCCAAGCUACCGCACUCAGUCUUCGUCCUGUGAGAGAGAUUCCCCCUCCACUUCCAGACAGUCCCCUGCUAAUGGUCAUAGCAGCACUAACAAUUCUGUUUCGGACUUGCCAUCAACUACCCAACCAAAAGGACGACAGAUCUAUGUAAGAGCACAAUUUGAAUAUGAUCCAGCCAAGGAUGACCUCAUCCCCUGCAAAGAAGCUGGCAUCCGAUUCCGAGUUGGUGACAUCAUCCAGAUUAUUAGUAAGGAUGACCACAACUGGUGGCAGGGUAAACUGGAAAACUCCAAAAAUGGAACUGCAGGUCUCAUUCCUUCUCCUGAACUUCAGGAAUGGCGAGUAGCUUGCAUUGCCAUGGAGAAGACUAAACAAGAGCAGCAGGCCAGCUGUACUUGGUUUGGCAAGAAAAAGAAGCAGUACAAAGAUAAAUAUUUGGCAAAGCACAAUGCAGUGUUUGAUCAAUUAGAUCUUGUCACAUAUGAAGAAGUAGUCAAACUGCCAGCAUUCAAAAGGAAAACAUUAGUCUUAUUAGGUGCACAUGGUGUUGGGAGAAGACACAUAAAAAACACCCUCAUCACAAAGCACCCGGACCGGUUUGCGUACCCUAUUCCACAUACAACCAGACCUCCAAAGAAAGAUGAAGAAAAUGGCAAGAAUUAUUACUUUGUAUCUCAUGACCAAAUGAUGCAAGACAUCUCAAAUAAUGAAUACUUGGAGUACGGCAGCCAUGAGGAUGCAAUGUACGGGACAAAACUGGAGACCAUUCGGAAAAUCCAUGAGCAGGGGCUGAUUGCUAUUCUGGAUGUGGAGCCUCAGGCACUGAAGGUUCUGAGAACUGCUGAGUUUGCUCCUUUUGUUGUCUUCAUUGCGGCGCCAACUAUCACUCCAGGGUUAAACGAGGAUGAAUCUCUUCAGCGCCUGCAGAAGGAGUCUGAUGUCUUGCAGAGAACAUACGCACACUACUUCGAUCUCACAAUUAUCAACAACGAAAUUGAUGAGACAAUCAGACAUCUGGAGGAAGCCGUCGAGCUUGUGUGCACAGCCCCACAGUGGGUCCCUGUCUCCUGGGUCUAUUAGGCUUCUCCGUGGCUAUCUGAGUAUAAAACUGGGAGCCACCUCCUACAUGGAAAAAGCCUCUUUGUUAUCGGCCUUGUGUCAGCAGGUCAUGGUCCCUAGAGACUACCUAGUUGUAGUGUGACCUACAUUUAUAAUUAUUGUCAUGUCCGAAUAGAUAGGAGGAGAAAAUCAAUUACACACUAAUUUAAAGAGACAGUAUCUUUUUUAAUCAGUUCUCCUAAACUUUAAUAAAAUGUAUCUUUAAAUGUAUGUAUUAUUCAAUCCUUUGGAAUGUUAUAUUUUUGGAAAUCAUAGCUUUUUAUUUCCAAGGCCCCUAAAAACUGCACAAAAUAGAUGCUGCUUUCUAUAAUCUAUUUUAAUAAUAAUAAACAAUGAUUCUGUUACCUUGACUGGGGGUGGAACACUACAUUCUUUUUAGAGUCUGAUUUUAUGGAUUGGAAUACCUUUCUUUCCUUUAUUUAUUUGAAAUGAUUAGUCUAGUGAUUACAAAACAGUCAUAAAUUUUUAAAGGCCUUUUUUCUCUCUCUUUUUUUUAAGUCCUUUAUGUAACAUCCAGAUACUGUGAUACUGUCUCUUUGAAGCACCCUGUAAACCUUUUAGAAAUUUGAAGUUGGGUCUUGACUCUUAAUGCAUGUGGACAGUCGCGAGCGUUUAUGCUGUCGGUGUGUCUGUGUUGGACAAAACAAUCUGUAAUUACAACGUACAUUCCGUUCACGGGGCACACCCAGGGGAAUAAGAAUAAAUUGCUAUUAUGACUAAGUUGUAAACCUAUGCACAUCCCUUGCAUUUCGGGCAACUUUAUAAAACAGAAAAAAAAGAAACUGAUUUUUAUUAAUAAUAAUCAUGUAGUGAAAUGUGUUUGUAAUUUUGUCUCAAUUUAAUUUGUUGUAGGGUGGGAGGGGGUAUUGCUGGUUUCGCCAUUUCAGAUCUGUGUUGUCUAAGAGUAUUAACGUUUUAAUUAAGCAAAGAAAUGCGGAUUUUUAAUCUGUAUGUAAUUGUUUUAAGCACCCAUUUAAAGAGAAUAUACUGUGCAAUGAAGAAACCAGUUUAGGCAUUUGCUACAAACUGAAUUAUUCCAAAAGAAUAAUCUAUAACAGCCCUGUAAAUUCCUUUAAAAAUGAUAACUAACAGGACAGUUUGACCAUUUUUUUAAAUAUACUUCAUUGUAUGUGUUCAAU